GUGCGGCCCCGCCGCGCCCGCGCCGCCUUCCUGCCGCUUCAGACGGCGGCGCCGUGCCGGCAGCGGCCGCCGAGGGCUGUGGGCAGGAGGGGGAGAGCAGAACGGUCGAGGCGGCCGGGCCCAUGCCCUGCCAGAAGGAAGUGCAGCCACGGCCACUCCUCCUCGCCAUUUCCUCCCGGCGGCCGGGGCCGGUGCGGAUGGGAGCGGGGGCAGAGGCGCUGCCGGCCGGCUGAGCCCGCGGCCUGGGCUCGGCGGCUGAAGGAGAGCGGCGCCGGCCGGCCCUGAGGGAGGCAUUGCAGAAAGAAGAUGAUGUGAAGGGGCUGUGAGAACCAGGCAAGAUGGAUGGAGAGCUGCCCUGCACUGAGGUGGAUGGAGAAAUGUCUGCCACGGAGGAUCUAGGAGGAGAUCUGCCCUGCGGGGAGAGCAGCGCGGAAGCAGAGAUGCCCUCUGCUGAGCCCAGCGCAAAGGAAGAGGCUCCUGGUGCUGAGAGCAGCCUGCCUGGAGAGACGCCCAGCACGGCCAGCCGUGGGGAAGUGCCCCGUGCCAACAGUGAUGCCAGAGGAGAGGCCUCCUGCUGUGAGAGCGAGGGGGAGGAGGGUCCAGGUGCCGAAGCCCCUGCUGCUGCAAAGAAGAUGUCUUCCAUUUCCUCUCCCCUGCGGGCAGUCAUCCACCUGCGGCGCCGCUACCGCGGGCAGAAGAAGAGUCGCCUGCACCUGGAGCUCCCCCGGGAGAAGUCGGUGGAGCUCGUCCACACCAGGCUGCUUCAGAGGCAGCUGUCCCUGGGCAGAACUGGCCUGUAUGGCCCUUCCAUGUCCUUCUUUCCUCAGCCCAGCUUUGAAAGCUCCCAGUACUUCACCUUUGACACCUCGGUGGAGCAGCAUGCGGUGAGAAAGUCCCGGCGGAGAAAGAACCGGAGGAAAUCGAGGGUAGUCCUCUACCCAGACAAGACCAAGAGAUACCUGCCAGCAGAGGAGAAGAGCAAGGCCAAGCGCUGCCUCCUCCUGCUCAUUGCCAUUAUCUUCUUCCAGAUUCUCAAUGCAAUAGAGAACCUGGAUGAUAACCUCCAAAAAUACGACCUGGAUGGUCUGGAGAAAACGAUGCACCGGGAGGUGUUCGGGCAGAAGGUGGCCGUGGAGAGUAUGAUGGAGUUGCUGAAGGACUACCUGGCUACCCACAUCCACAACAAGCCCCUGGUGAUCUCCCUGAACGGCCCCACAGGAGUUGGGAAGAGCCACGUUGGCUGGCUGCUGGCCAAGCACUUCCGUUCUGUCAUGGACAAUGACUUUGUGCUUCAGUACUUUGUCAUGCACCACUGCCCCAGGGGGGUGGCUCCGCUCACCUGUGAGAUAGAUCUGGCUAAGAAGAUUUCUGACAUGGUUACCAGAGCUGAAAUAGAGGAGAAGAUCCCUUUGUUCAUUCUGGAUGAGGUUGAGCUCAUGUCUCCAGUCCUGCUGGAUACCCUCAGCCGAUUCUUUGAACCCAAUCAAACCAACGAGUUCCUCAACGCCAUCUACAUCCUGAUCAGCAACAUAGGAGGUGCAGAGAUAACAAAGUUUGUUAUCCAGAACGCAUCUGCUGAGCUGCUGCAGCAGCAAAGGGGAGCUGAAGAACUGCUGAGCAUUGUCCAGCCUGUGUUGGUUGAUGUCCACCCUCUCUGGAAGGCUGCAGACAUCAUCCCAUUCGUCCUCCUGGAGAAGAGCCACGUCGUAAACUGCUUCCUAGAGGAGAUGAGGAGGGAAGGGCUCUACCCUGACCAGAAGCAUAUUGAAACCCUGGCAAGUCAGCUCAGUUACUACACCACUGGGGGCAAGCAGUACUCCAGGAUGGGCUGCAAGCAGGUUGUGGCCAAAGUCAACCUGCUGUAGGGAUUUACUGCAUAGGCCAAGUCCUGCUCUCAGGAUCUGCAAAACUCUGGGCUUAUGGAGAGGAGGCUAUGGUCAAAGUGUCCUUUCUCAGGCCUGGUCAAGGUAAAGGGCUGGCAGCCUGGGCUCCUCUGCAGCAUGGGCUCUGUUCUCCAGAUGCCUCACUGCUGUCUAAUGCUCUGUGAACGUGGCCAUGCCCUCAUGGCAGUGAAGCCCAAACCACCUCCCAUUACCUGCUUUGUUCUGCCCUCAUUUGGGAGCCUUUGUCACGAAGGAGUUCUGAGAGCAGAGCAGACACUGUGGGAUGUAACCAGGGGGAGGGAAUGGUAACUGAAUUACUGCUUGCUGCGUCCUGCUCCUUCUUCUGACCCACAGUCCUCUGCUUGUCUUGGCCCUGGCUGGUGAGGUGCAGAGCAGUAGUCUGGGCAGUCAGAGCUCUGCCUCCCUGAGGUUCUGCGUGACCUGAGCUCCUGCUCUUCUGAGCUCAUCCCUGAGCUCACACCUGAGCUCACCUUUGGCACCUCCAGCCAGGUUUCUGCCCUGCAAGUCUGUUUGGGCUUGCCUGGAAGGCUGCUUGGCUGUGCCAGCUGGUGCAGAAAGAACCACCAGAUUGUUUCAGGUCUGCUGGUGGCAACUCGUCCUGAGAGCUCUUCUGCUUUUUGCUUCUGGCUACAUCCUCACCACACUCAUUAUCUAGAAAGCCCAAAAUAGCAACUGACACAGAUGAAGCAUCACACACUGGAAAAGACAGUUUGGGCUGUCUGGGCCAAGUGCAGUGGGAGCCCUGGGCCUGUUCUCAGUCCUGCAAGGCCAAAUAGAGGUUCUUUGCCAUUGAGACCCUGAGGAGAGCACUCUGCCUUGGAAGCACCUCAGGAAAAGCAGACACCUGGGUUUGGAGCAGGCCUCUGUGCCAUUGUCUUUUCAGGCUUGGGGUCUGUGCCUAAAUCCCCUUCCACAACGUGCUGUGAAUUGUCCUACACCCAGUCCCCUGGAUGGCUGCACUGGUUGGUUGAUUUGCCUCUUUCUACUUGUUGGUCUCCAAAAGACUUCCAUCACAAACUCCUGAUUCCAGAGCUGUCAUCAGGAAUAAACCCAAACUAUCCUGAAUAAAAUCGUUCCAAAUACA